AUGUCUGGCGCAGAUCCCAAGCCUGCAGAGCCCAGUGUCGUGACGGAGACCGUCAAGAAGGAGGAGGAGGCCGAGGAGCCGCAGAAUGAGUUGACCAAGAAAUUCACCGAAGCUGAGUGGAAAGCCGUCAAGGAGCUGCGCUCCCAGCUCCCGAGCGUCUUCGAGAAAGCCUACCCGGAUGCCAAGCCCGCUCCUAGCUCGAUCACGCUCUGGGGCGUCGAGCUCUCCCCGACAGCGCCCUCCGCGAAGGGGUCCGUUAUCCUUGUCAAAUUCGCACGCGCCCGCAACCUUGUCGUCAAGGACGCGACGGACAUGCUCGUCAACACCCUGAAGUGGCGCGACGAGUUCAAGAUCGACAAGGUCCUGAAGGAGCAGUUCGACCCGGAGGUGUUCGGGAAGCUCGGGAGGGUGUACGGGAAGGACAAGCAGGGCCGGCCGGUCACGUAUAACCUGUAUGGCGCGGUGACGGAUCUGAAGGCCGUGUUCGGGGACGUGCAGAAGUUCAUCAGGUGGCGCGUGCAGUUCAUGGAGCAGAGCAUCGAGUUGCUCGACUUCGAGACCGUCGACCAGAUGGUCCAGAUCCAUGAUUACGAGGGCGUGAGCCUGACCCAGCGCGACGCGGCGCAGAAGGCGGCGGCGAAGGAAGCGACGAACAUCUUCCAGAACCACUACCCGGAGUUCCUGUCGCGCAAGUUCUUCAUCAACGUGCCGACGCUGCUCACGUGGGUCUUCUGGCUGUUCAAGCCGCUCCUCUCCGCCGCGACCCUUGCCAAGAUGUCCGUCGUCGGCUCGGGCCCCAAGACGAUCGGGGCAGAGCUGUCGCAGGUGAUCGACCCUAAGGAGUUGCCGAAGAAGUAUGGAGGCGAGGCGGAGGGCUUCUGA